CCUAAGGGUAUCCUAUUUAUUUCGAUGAUUCCUCGCCGAGUGAUCGUCGAGGAGCCGGAGCGAUGGCCGCGAGCUCGGCGACGGAUCACGCUAGCCAAUUGCUCGAGGUGGAAAACAGCGUCAAGGAGGAGCUCAAGAAAGUCAGAAAAUCGAUAGAUGACACAAAAGAUGAGGACAUACUCGAUUACCUGAGAGACGUUUGUAAAUUCCAGGAAGACAAUGUGAGGAAUCAGCGCGAGCACAUUGUCCAGUUGAUUGCCAACACGUGUUCCGUUCACAAAAAAGAUAUCAGUUCCGCCAUUCAGCACCUUGCGGCUAAGACUUUAGAGAAUUACAAGAGUUGGUAUACGCACUCUAAAUCUUGGAGUGAUGAUGAGGACUCUGAACCUGAUCAGCACAGUUUCAAAGGCGACGAUCAUCUAAUGUCCUUGUGCUUGUACUUGCUGAUAUGGGGAGAAGCGGCGAACUUAAGAUUUAUGCCCGAAUGCCUUUGUUUUAUCUUCCACAAGAUGAAAACAAGUAUAAUUCGGCAUAAUGCCAAAGCCGAAAAUGGGUUUCUCGAGAGCGUGAUUACGCCCGUCUAUUUGUUUUUGAAGAAGGAUCUUCCAAAUCCAAAGGAAAAAGAACGCAAACGAAGUCCCAUUAUUUCUCAUAGAAGGGUUGCAAACUACGAUGAUCUGAACGAGCUAUUCUGGACCUCUCAGUGCUUGAAAGACUUCAAAUGGGAUCAUAACAAUCUAAAAUUGAAAGUCCCCAGAUUCGAGAAAUGGCAGCACAAGCAAAAAGUCGAAGAGAAACAGCGACACAAGAAAAAAGUCGAAGAGAAAUGGCCACACAAGAAAAAAGUCAAUUUUAUCGAGCAUCGCACUUUUCUUCAUAUUUUCCAUAGCUUUCACAGGCUUUGGAUUUUCUUCACAAUCAUGCUGCAGGCCCUGCUUAUAAUUGCGUUCACUCAAAGCCUUAAGCUCAAAUACCUUUUACUUUUUGGUCCUACUCACGCCUUCUUGAUGUUUUUCCAGUCCACUCUCGACAUCGUCUUUACCUAUGGUGCUUAUGUAAAGCACAAUGUGAGGAUUGCUCUCCAGUUUCUUUUCUACGGUGUUGCAACAGGGAUCCAAACCUUUCUUUCUAUCAAGAGCUUUCAAGAAAAUGAACCUGAAACUUCUGUCGACUAUUUUAAGAUUUACGAGUAUGUGGCGUCAUUUUAUCUCGUAGCGCAUUUGGCUCAUGCAAUCGGCCACUCCCUCUUGAGCUUUUUUCCCACUGAUAAAGGGAAAUCUGUUACAUGGCUCAAAUGGAUAUUCAAGGAAAGGUACUUUAUCGGGAGUGGCAUGCAAGUAAGACCAUUGGAUUUCCUUAAGUACGCGUCCUUUUGGAUAGUUCUGCUCGCUGCCAAGUUUUUUGUUAGCUAUAAGACACAAAUAGUACCUUUGGUUAAGCCAACGCGCUCUAUUAUCAUGAUGAGAGAUGCGAAUUAUGUUUGGCACGACUUUAUUUCCAAGAACCAUUACAACAUUCUCACCGUUGCCGCCUUGUGGACACCAGUAGUUCUGAUUUAUUUCCUUGACACGCAGAUUUGGUAUGUCGUAUUUUCCGCUAUUCUUGGCUGCCUAACUGGUGGUAUCGCCCACCUUGGAGAGAUGAGGUCAAUGUAUAUGUUUGCCAAGCAGUUUCGCGAGAUGCCAAAACAUUUUGAAAAACGAUUAGUUCAGGGUUCUGGAGAACCUGUUUUUUACAAGUGCUGGAAUGAGCUGAUCAGUAAAUUGCGAGAGGAAGACUACUUAAGUGACAAUGAGAAAGAGCUGUUCGUAAUGCCGCCACCAAAAAACUUUACAAUUGGAAACGAUGCGGUUAACGUUAACAGGUGGCCUCUUUUUAUUGUAGUCAAUGAGGUGCAACUUGCUGUGUCAUUGUCUGCUAGAAAAGACCAUAACGAGCUUUUAAGAAGGCUCAGCAAAGAAGGCUAUCUCCGAGAUGCUAUCGAAGAAAUAUUCUUCACCGUUGGAGAAAUCCUUGACCGGCUUGGCGUGUGGACGAACGAGUUGAAAAAAAAUGACUUCUAUAACUUGGAACAUGCCAUAUACAACAAGAAAGCUACCGAUCUGCUUAAAAUGUGGAUACUGAUAACGAGUCGUAUGGUUCAAGAUCUGCUGGAUGACAAGAUUCUCCACGUAAACUGGAAAGAUCAGGAGCUGAACACUUUGAGUGUGGAAAAGCUUCGACUUGAGAAAAUGCUAAACGGGACAACAAAUGUCUUAGACGUUCCUAGAAACGGAGAAGCCCGACGCCGGCUUCUAUUCUUUGGCAACUCGUUGCUCAUGAAAAUGCCAAAGCCUCCAUCGGUUGAUCGAAUGCUAUCUUUCAGCGUUUUGACACCAUAUCUGAAUGAGGAAGUUGUAUAUAGCACAAAGGACCUUCAUAAGGAAAACAAAGAUGGGAUUACCACGCUAUAUUAUCUCCAGCGUGUCUACCCAGACGAAUGGAAGAAUUUUAACGAAAGGAUGGAGAAGAAAAGCCUUUCCGAGCACGACAAGAGCGUCGAAAUCGGACUUUGGGCUUCAUAUCGUAGCCAGACGUUGGCAAGGACGGUUCGAGGAAUGAUGUAUUAUUAUGAUGCCUUGAAGUUUCAACGUACCGGGGGCGACGGUGAUGAGUUAAUAGAUUUCGUGGCUGCGCGAAAGUUCACGUAUAUUGUAGCUGCUCAAAGAUACAGCGAAUUUAAAAAAAGCAAAGACACUAACAUAAAAAAAAAAGCAACUGACAUCGAACUUUUGAUGAACAAGCAUCCACUUUUAAGAGUGGCAUAUAUCGACGAGGACGAUGGGACGUAUUCAUCCAAGCUUGCAAUGCUUGAUGGGAAAGAUAUACAAACAAUAUACAGCAUUAAGCUUCCCGGUGAUUUUCUCAUCGGCGAGGGAAAGCCGGAAAACCAAAACCAUGCCAUCAUCUUUACCCGUGGAGAAGCAUUGCAAACAAUUGACAUGAAUCAAGACAAUUACUUUGAGGAGGCUUUGAAAAUGCGAAACUUACUUGAGGAAUUCCGCCCUCCCGACAAGAAACCGGACAGACAAGUGCCGACCAUCUUGGGUGUCCGAGAGCAUGUAUUUACUGGAAGUGUUUCAUCGCUAGCGUGGUUCAUGUCCAAUCAGGAAACCACCUUUGUUACUCUCUCCCAACGAGUCAUGGCAAAUCCAUUGAAGAUACGAAUGCACUACGGGCAUCCAGAUGUGUUUGAUCGGAUCUUUCACAUAACCAGGGGUGGGAUCAGCAAAGCCUCGAGAACCAUCAACUUGAGUGAAGACAUCUUUGCUGGAUACAAUUCUACACUCAGAGGUGGCAUGGUGACCCAUCACGAAUAUAUUCAAGUUGGUAAAGGUCGGGACCUGGGGCUGAAUCAAAUAUCAGCAUUUGAGGCCAAAGUCUCGAGCGGAAAUGGCGAGCAGAUCCUCAGCAGGGACGUCUACCGCUUGGCACGAUUCUUUGAUUUCUGGAGAAUGCUGUCGUUUUACUAUACAUCUGUUGGGUUCUAUAUAUCUACAGCGAUGAUAGUCGUGGCACUUUAUGCAUACUUGUAUGGGAAAGUUUACAUGGUUCUGUCGGGGGUGGAAAAAGAUAUGCUGACAAAGGCUAGGAUAGAAGGCAACAACGCACUGGAAUCAGUGCUUGCAACGCAAGCGAUUUUUCAGUAUGGGUUCUUAAACUGCGCUCCCAUGGUCACGGGCUACAUUUUGGAGCAAGGCUUUAUCAAGGCUCUACAGUACUUCAUUCUCAUGUGGCUCCUGGGCUCGUUUAUUUUCUUUGCUUUCUCGUUGGCCACAAGAACACACUACUUUGGUAGGACGAUACUCCAUGGAGGUGCAAUGUAUCGCAGCACUGGGCGUGGAUUUGUCAUUGAGCACGUCCAUUUUGCUGAGAACUAUCGCUUCUACUCGCGCAGCCAUUUUGUCAAAGGUUUGGAGAUAGCAAUGCUGUUGUUCGUCUACGUGGUAUAUGGAGCACAACGGACAAGAAAAGGAUACGUUCUACUGGCUCUGGACAUCGGUUUCCUUGCCAUAUGCUGGCUCUACGCCCCGUUUUUCUUCAAUCCACUCAGCUUUGAGUGGCAAAAGACUGUGGACGACAUAACCAACUGGAAUAACUGGCUUACAAACAAGAGCCAUUCCGCCCCGGAUUACGAGAGCUGGGCCACCUGGUGGGAAAAACAGACGGAUUUGAGGGGCUUCCGAGCUAGAGCCGUGGAAUGCAUCCUGAGCUUACGCUUCUUCCUUAUCCAGUUUGGAGUGGCUUAUCACCUCAGGUCGGGUGUCGGAACAAUCUCUCUGCUGGUGUACGCAAGUUCAUGGGUGUUGUUCGUUUGCAUAGGCUUGCUAGUGGCGUUCCUGUCACUCAGCCCAAGGAGCAGUAACAAGCUCCGCUUUGUUCACUUCCUUGCAUUCAUAGUUCUUCUCGCUGCCUUCAUCACCGGAUGCGUCUUCACGCUGAGGCUCCAAGUCCUGGAUGUUAUAGCGAGCAUCCUAGCUCUCAUUCCCACCGGCUGGGGGAUUCUCAGCAUUGGCAUAGCUUGCAAGCCAUGGCUCAGGAAGGCGAGGCUGUGGUGGCUCAUGUCCGUCUGGGCCUGGAGCUACGACGUCGGCAUGGGCUACGUGAUCUUCGCUCCCAUCAUCUUCCUCUCGUGGUUCCCAUUUAUCUCUCCACUCCACACGCGCAUUCUCUUCAACCAAGCUUUUAGCCGCGGGCUCGAGAUAUCUGUCCUACUGUCAACCCCCAUAACCACCACAACAGAAGAAACCAUCGGAAGAAGACAGAAGGAACCAUCGGAAGAAGACAGAAGAAGAAGCUUGAACAUACAUACUGGGAAUUUAUGAUAUUACAAUGGACCUUUUGAGGCUUUCACUGUGGCAGCUAUCCGGCAAUAAUAUCCUGUCAAAACUA